AUGAUUGGUAAAUGGUUGUGCAGUAGCCGCAACUUGAGUUAUGCCUUUGCGUCAUUUUAUGGGAUUCGCGGAGCGCCCAGUAGAGUUCCGAAUGUUACGGUGAUCCCAGACGGCGUCCACCCCAGCGUGGCUCUCGAACGCCCCAGCAGCAAGAAGGCCACGUUCUACUGCGUCGAAUUCUUCCCUCUGAGUCACGGACUACUGCGUCCUUUUUUGUCUUGCCUUUUCCCCCCGAACGUGCCCACACUGACACGUUGCAUGCAGUGCAUGGUCAGUCGAGGAAGACAUGUCGAGACUCCAACCACGAAAUCGAGUCGUUCGUCUCGGAGCCCCACAAAAAGUCGUCAAUGGUAUUGUAUUGCUCUGGACCCUGCAACGUGGCUCGCGGAGAAAGAGGCUAUGAUCCAGCAUACAGCAGGGAUGGAGGAAAACGCUGAGGUGGAACAGCUUGUAGAGACGGAGGAUGGAAAAGAUGAAGGGGCUGCAGAGUUGCGUUAUCUUUUAUCGACGUCGAACAACUUGAAAUUCGCUCUCAAACAACUGACUCGCACCGGUCAAGCCACCCCCUAUCAAACACCGGCCACCCUCCACCCCGCCCCACCUAACACUUUUUCUCUGCCCCUUCAUCACCCUUUCCCUCAUCCAACAUCUCUUCGCCGGCUGCACCGUCACCCCAGAACCCCAAGACGCUCCCUCCCGCAGUGGUCACUCCUGGGAGCGCUCUGGUCCUCCCGUCUUGAGGGCUUGUGGGAUGCCGCUUGUAACGCUGGUGGUAGAAGAUGUAGAAGCAGGAGUGACCCUGGAAACACUCAAAAGCGCACCAACAACCCCGGCAUAUGUACCUCCCUCCCCACACCAGUGCGCACAACCACGCUCUCGGCUACACCGCAGUGCUUGAGCGGGCUACAACUGAACGUUGGCCCGACCGAGGAGAGAGAAAGAGCAUACGUGAACGAUGCCUUCCCCAGAGAGAUGCAUCACUCCUUCCCGGCUUCAACUAUCUGCAUUCCCGGAGAACUUCUUCGCGAUGAUGGGUUCUGCCUUGCUCUAGCACACCCUGCGGAUACGAGUUUGUCCGCUAACACGAGGUCCAUGUGGAUAUCGCCACUUCCAAUGUUAUCUACAUACUCGGGAUUACUAAGUUAA